AUGGAUUGGAAAGUGCUACGAGGAAGCUGUGAAGGUGGCAAUGCAGUGAGAAAUCUGGAUAUGAAACGACAUCGUCGUCCAUUAUUUCCUGCUUUCGAGGCUGAUCUAGUCAAGUUUAUUCGUACUCAUAUGAAAGACGAAGGAGAGAACGGAAGCGUUGCAAACGAUGUAGACGAGUCACAAGUAGCCGAAAAAAAUGAUGGUGUCAGUGCGCUGCCAGUAACCGAGAAUAAAGGAACCGGUGCCAUUGGAGACACUGCAGAUGGAGGUCAAGGACGACCUUUAACGGAAGCAUUGAUUCUUGAAGAAGCGCAACGACUGAAAAAAGUACAUGGUGUAUCCGACGAGAUGCUUGUGCUGUCGGUCGGGUGGCUCGCACGACUUAAACAUCGAUAUUGUAUUCGUCUGCGAAAACCUGCAGGAAGGCCCAGCAAGUGUUCGUUACCACUGCAUUAUCAACUUGGAUUAGUUACAGGGGGUAGUGCUGAGUCGAUGGUUUCUUGGAGCUCUAGUCUUAUCACUCCUAGUGCACCGGACACGCAAGAUGCAAGUAAACAGAUGAUGCCUCGCCAGCCCGUGACAGACGCUACGACCGAUAUUGCGAGUAAUAAUGUCGAUCAAUUACCGCCAUCGACUCAACAGGCUGGAAAUGUGAGGCUGACAUGCGAUUCUAUCCAGUCAGCAACGUUGAAGAGGACAGUGCUGUGCUCUGCGCAAUGGCAUCAACGAGAGACAGCCAACUCCUCGACGACAACCGCUGAGCUACUGCGACAGAUCCCUGAAAGCAUUCGUGAACUUGCGUGUUCAUGUCAAGGAUCAGCAACUUGUGAUAAGUUAUUUGGUGGCAUCGCUGGACUACGAGUUGCGGUUGUGGGAUUUGGUAGUGUCGUGGAGGCUUUCCUCGCAGCCGCGUUAGUCGGUGCCGAUGGGUUUGUUACUUGCGUGGAAGCUAGCCCUGCAAACGUCUAUUUAGCGGAACAAGCUGCAGAGAAUUUCUGCCUAACGACAUUGGGGUUGCCUUCCGUGAAUAUAAAGUUUAUUGUGGGCGAACACGGUGGUAUGCCUCAGUCAUCAUCGUCAUCAUGCGCAGGUGGCGACGAACUUAAGGAUUUACAAGAUCAGACCGAUAUUGCUAUAUGCAACUGCUCGAUCCAAUCGUUAGAGUUCCCCGUUAGCAAGAAUGCCAUGCUGGAACUGGCGUUCGGUCUGCUUAAGGUUGGUGGGGAACUACGCGCGGCAGAUUUGGUUUCGUCUCGACGGCUGUCAUCAUCUGAAUGUGAGGAGACACGCUUAGCAGUGGAAGCAAUAGUUAGGAGCAAAGGUGCAGCGAGGACACAUGAAAGCUCAAAGCAAUCAGAGCAGAAACUGCUACUCGGUGCACCGUACAUAGGCGAUCUACAACGACUGUUUCGAGCGCUAGGUGGCGAUGCCGAGGUUCGCUCUGUGAGUUGUAACGAAGCAGAAGCUACGACAAUGGACGUCGCCGUAGCUUCUUUACUACCCUCCCUCGCUGCUGCCAACAAUGUCAAGUUUCGUCGUGUCACUUUUCACGUGUUCCGACUUCAUAAUGUCGAAGACCCGUGCGAGGAUUACGGGCAGACGGCAGUAUUUAAUGGUUACGAUAGUCAAGACAAGGCCACCGGUGGUGAAGAUUUGUCAUCAUCGUUUCAACUUGAUGAUAAUUGGAACUUUCGGAGAGGUGUGUGCACGCCGAUUGACGGCAAUACUGCGCAAAUUUUGCAGACAAGCUGGAUGCAACGAUACUUUUCUGUAAGUGGAGAUUGUUCUAGGCACCGCGGUCCGUUCGUAGCGAGCGCGUACUCAAUGGAGGGCUCGCCUGUGUCACAGCAAGCCGCUUCGGCACCGGAGACAGCGGUUGCUGACCAACCAUCAUCUACAAUAUCAUCGUCCCUCAUAGAGCCGCUCGAUAUGAUAAACAUUUAA